AUGGAGGUGGAGGAGGAGGAAAGACGCUCUCCACACGAUCAUGGGGAUCCGUGUGUUCCCGAGAGAUUCUUUGAUCGCGUAACGCAAGGGUUACGCAACGAUCUCGAACAUGAGCGGGACAGGCGUCUCCAAUUGGCGGACACUGUCUUGGAGCAUCGAGCUGAGUUUGCCUUUGCUCAGCUUGAGAACGAGAGAUCUCUGACAUCUCUUCGUGACGAGCUAAGGGUAGCUCGUGGGAUUGCUGAUCGGUCUCGGGAUGAGAUAGCUGCUCUUCAGACCCUUGUUAAUGCCCACCAUCGGGAGCACAAGGCUCUCUGCGAGAUGCUUGAGCGCAAGGGCGUUCUUCAUCGGAAGAAGCAGCGUACUGAUGGUACGGCUUAA